AGCAUGUCGUUUAGAACUUCCAAACCCAAUAAACAAACGAUCAUUAGUUGGAUGGUUUGGUGCAAGAUUAAACGACACAAAGAAACGGGAUUAGGGUUUUGCUCUGAUUAGGGAUCCGAAUUUGAUAUUCGAAUCGAAAAAUUCGUAAUCAAAUCAGUAACCAGAGCCAUUAACGCAAUGGUCUGCGAAAAGUGUCAGAAGAAAUUAUCGAAGGUGAUAGUACCAGACAAAUGGAAGGAAGGUGCCAGCAAUACUACUGAAGGUGGUGGCCGCAAAAUCAACGAGAACAAGCUCCUCUCCAAGAAGAACAGAUGGACCCCUUACGGGAAUACCAAGUGUAUCAUUUGCAAGCAGCAAGUGCACCAGGAUGGCAAGUACUGUCACACCUGUGCUUACUCGAAAGGAGUUUGUGCGAUGUGUGGCAAGCAAGUUCUUGAUACCAAGUUUUAUAAACAAAGCAAUGUGUAGUGCAUUUCUGCUGCAUUCUGAUCUUGUUGCUAACACUGUAACUGAAUCUGUAAAAAAUAAAUUGUUCUAUUUUCUCUGUCAUAUGUAAUUGACUUAUUGAAUGUUUAUUCCUGAUCUAAAACAUGUACCUUUGGUCAACUAACUCAA